UGAAGGUAUUAGUGAUCACUGACUACUACAUGUAUGAAGAUUAUGGUGAAGAAGACGUAGUUAAUCGUGUUCUGUCAUACAUGUCCACGAUGGAGUCAUUUUCCUCAAAAUUCGAGUAUCCAAAAUUGAGAUUUGUAGUUACUGGGAUCAUGGUUCCAACAGUAAUGAUCAUAUUUUGUGGUUUACUUGUAGAACUAUUUCAGUAUUUCUUCAACUUAAGAACGUUUUUUUUUUAUUUAUUUUAGAAAUUUUUAGUGAUGAAUUUUCUGAACCCGCCAGGUUAUAAGACCGAACAUUUUGAGCUUUAUUCAGAAGACAAUGUAUUGCUAAAAAUGCAACAGUGGUUAUUCUUUUAUAAAAAUAUUAUUGAUGAUAUUGAUUAUGAUUUUUCGUUUAUAUUAUCAUCAUGGAUGUUAAAGUCCUACGAUUUGAAUAUAUAUAGUUCGUCCUAUGGAUAUUUUAAUUGUGAAUCACAUAAGCCGUCAUUAACAUCUCCACCUGUCAUAAUUGCGAGAAAUGAAAUUAUAGAGGACAAUAUUAUUCAUCCUUAUCUUCAUUUUCUUCGCUACGUCGAUGGUAAACGGAAAAAUUGGUCAUGUCCCGAUAGUUAUGUAAGGACUGGUUUUGAUACUAGUCAGUAUUGGACUAGUCAUCCUGAAUGUUCUCCUGAAAAUUUGAGGAAAUCUUUCAACACUUCUUGGCCAUCGUGUUUGUACACAAAACCGGAAUUUAUGCGUUAA